AUGCAAAGUGAACGCGAAGCGUUCACUUUGUGGAAUGUGAAAUGUGGGAUCUAUUGUUACCGAUUACGCUGGAAAUUGUGGCCACACGCGAUGAAACUUGACUUUACGAUGGCCGAAGAUGAUUUUCUGCUUUUGUUUCGCCGACCAGGUCAACCUAUUGCUCAAGGACGUAUUCGAUGCUUCGUCCGUAUUACAGCCAAGUUCGCGUACAAUAUCGUUGUAUGUUUGAAAAAAUUAACAGCAAAGUGGCUGCCUCGCUUUUGGGACGAAAUGGGAUUCACAAAUGGUAUUCACUUUGCGCGGCUGAUGAAUGGCAAACGCGUUAAGACUCAAUGCAGCCCAUGUUCGCAUCAAUUCUUCGUAUCAAAACCGCUUUGA